CGCCAGCAUUUGUUGGAUUUCUGAAGAAAACACUGGUUAGGGUUUACAGUGAUCCGAGAGUUACAGAUUGGCUGGCAGCUCGUUAGGGUUUUAGAGGAUUCAUUCGUUGAAUUUGUGUGCAUAAGAUGAAAUCAGUGGUUGGAAUGGUGGUGUCGAACAAAAUGCAGAAAUCGGUGGUGGUCGCCGUCGACAGGCUCUUCCAUAAUAAACUCUAUAAUCGCUAUGUCAAGCGCACCUCCAAGUUCAUGGCCCACGACGAACAAAAUCAGUGCAAUAUCGGCGAUCGAGUUAAAUUGGACCCUUCAAGGCCAUUGAGCAAACGGAAGAACUGGGUUGUUGCAGAGAUUCUGAAAAAAGCACAAAUUUAUGCACCUCCCACCAAGACACCACUACCCGAUUCAUCUUCAUCCUAAGGUGAAGACUACAUUUUGCUAAAACGUGGGUUUGUUUGUCUUGAUUGUAGUUUUUGGGGAAGGUUUUGCAUCAUUGAAUCUUGUUCCUGAAUCGCUUUCUACAACAUAAUUUCAGAUUAUUAAACCUAUCAUGUGCCGAGUUUUUGUUAGUUUUAAUGUGUAAGAUUAGUCCAUUGAGAAAA